UCUGAAAAAGCUCCUAAAAAUCAAUGUUCCCCAAGGGUUCUCAUCUCCACCUUCUCCCUCUAGCAACGAAGCAUCACUUUUCGCAGCUUCCACGUUCAGCGUUUACCCUCGCCGACGGAGCCCAAACGGAAGACGCCGCCGCAAUAGCCAAACUAGUCCUCGAAUCCAACCCAGGCACUCUCCCCAAGGCCCUAUACAGGCCCACCAUCCAAUGGACCCCAGAGCUCGUGGACAAGGUCCUGAAGCGCCUCUGGAACCACGGGCCCAAGGCUCUCCAAUUCUUCAAGCACCUGGGCCGCCACCCCUCCUACACCCACUCUUCCUCGGCCUUCGACCUCGCCAUCGACAUCGCGGCCCGCAUGCGCGACUAUAACUCCGCAUGGGCCCUCCUGUCCCGCAUGCGCUCCCUCCGUCAUGGCCCAACUCCUCGCACCUUUGCCAUUCUCGCUGAGCACUACGUCUCCGCUGGAAAGCCCCACCGCGCCGUGAAUCUUUUCCUCUCCAUGCAAGACUACGGUUGCCGCCUGGAUCUUCACUCCUUCAACACCAUCCUCGACAUCCUCUGCAAGUCCAAGCGCGUUGAAAUGGUGCACGACCUCUUCAAAACCCUAAGAAACAAAUUCAAUGCCGAUAGCGUUAGUUACAACAUAAUCGCCAACGGUUACUGCAUCGUUAAGCGCACGCCGAUGGCGCUGCAAGUUUUGAAGGAGAUGGUGGAGCGAGGGAUUAGCCCUACCAUGGUCACGUAUAACACAAUGCUGAAAGGCUAUUUCAGGAAUAAACAAUUGAAAGAGGCUUGGGAGUUUUACUUGGAGAUGAAGAAGAGGAAAUGCGAGAUUGAUGUUGUGACUUACACCACUAUGAUUCGGUUUGGUGUUGCGGGUGAGGUUAAGAAAUCUCGUAGGGUUUUUGAUGAGAUGGUGAAGGAAGGUGUGGCUCCUUCGGUUGCUACUUACAAUGCUUUGAUUCAGGUUUUGUGUAAGAAGGAGAGUGUGGAGAGUGCAAUGGUGGUUUUUGAGGAGAUGGUGAGGGAGGGGUUGUGUGUGCCUAAUGUGACAACUUACAACAUUGUGAUCAUAGGUUUGUGUCAUGUUGGGGACAUGGAGAGGGCGUUGGGGUUUAUGGGGAGGAUGGAGGAGCAUGGUUUGAGGGCUAGUGUUCAGACUUAUAAUGUUCUAAUUCGAUACUUUUGUGAUGCUGGGGAGAUUGAGAAGGGUUUGGAGGUGUUUGGGAAAAUGGGGGGUGGCGAGUGUUUGCCUAAUUUGGAUUCGUACAAUGUUUUGAUUUGUGCAAUGUUUGUGAAGAAGAAGUCGGAGGAUUUGGUGGUGGCUGGGAAGUUAUUGAUGGAGAUGAUUGAUAGAGGGUUCUUGCCUAGGAAGUUUACUUUUAAUAGGGUUUUGAAUGGACUUGUUCUUACAGGAAAUCAGGAGUUCGCAAAGGAGAUACUUAGAAAGCAGAGCAAGUGCGGAAGGGUUGUUCGUCGUUUGAAAUUGUGACAUGUUUUAUUGUUGGAUUUCGUACUUGAAGGAAGACAAUUCACAUUGUUCUGAACAUCAGGAAAUGUAUGGAGUGUUCAAUUGGAGAGCAUGUUCUGCAUUCUGCUGGACACUCUGGUGAUGAAUCCACCAUUGUUGAAAAUGUUACUUUCAGUGACGAAAUUAUGGUAUUUGAUCAAAUAGGUACAAAUUUGCGGAGUGUGAUCACGAACAAUGCAUUAUUUAAUCAAAGAGAGCAUGCAUGUCCGAAGUAGCCUCCAACGUUGCCUAUUGAAGUCCAUUACUAGCAUAGCAACAUUGCUCUCUCUUUUAUUCAAUUAAUUGUUGAGAGGGCUCUUCCAAUUGGGAUAAAGGAUUACUCCUUGCUUUCAUGUUUUGAUGUGACAUUAGUUGUAGGAUUAAGAAGUUGAGUGAUUUAUAUUUUCUACUUUAAAGAGGUUGUAACAAUAAUAUGGUCAUUUUUUGGACUAUACUUAUACAUAACUGAGUGAGAAUAUUUUCUCCUAUUAAAGUCUUUUUCAUUAA